UCAAGUGUUAUUUUAGCCGAAGGGAUUGUUUUGAGGGGAAACACGGCUGGGAUUGUUUUGCUCGUGGAAAAAGUGCAUUUUUUUGUGAAUUUAGGUGGAUUUCCGGUGUGUAAACUAAUCAAAAUGAUGCGCAUUGUGGCGCUGAAUGAGGAGUCCAACAGUGAGAGUAGCGAUGAUCAGGAACCACAGGUUACAAGAGAAGCUGAAGAAACCAUCGCGGUAUCUGAGUACACAAGAGCCUUAUAUCUCAAAAGCAAAGGCUCUGUAGAUGUUGCACUGAAAUUGCUACUGGAACUCCUGGAGACUCAAGUUAUCUGCGAAGUGUCUGAUGAGAAUAAGAAUGACAAGCUCUUCUCGGUCAAGUACAAUUGCUACCGGAACAUUGGGUUUAUCUAUGAAGAGCAGGGGGACAAAAAGAAAGCCCUGAGAUACUUGGUGGAUGCCUUUGAACUUGAUGCAACAGAUGUAUACACUGUGGUGCGGCUUGGGAAACUAGCAUUGAGUUUGGGGAACAUCGAUCUUGCCAGUAUUGCUUUCCAGAAGGCCCUGGAGGUUAAUCCCAAUCACUGGACGGCAGCUGAUGGUCUCCUGCAGGUUUACUGCCACAAUGCUAGCUUCCUCAAUGCCUACGGAUGGGCUCUGCAGUGGCAUAAAAGAGACAGAAACUAUCAGAGAGCCAUUGAUGUUCUGGUGGAAAUUCAUGAAAGAUUUAAAGGAUGCCUUCCGUUUUUCGAAGAUGUCUGGUGUGGAUCAUUUGAGUAUGAGAAGUAUGUUGGCAAGAGGAGCAACAAUGGGAGUGUAUUUCCCAGACCAAAAGAACCAGCUGAGAAAGAAGUUGAGCGAGAGAAGCCAGAUUUGACGCAGUACAAAGUGAGUGAAUUUACAUGGCUUUCAGUGGGGGAUCUUAUUAUCAAUCUCUAUGAGCUGCUGAAUCAGGAUGUUGAUAAUUUUCUCAAUGGGUACACAUGGAGUGAUCUUAAGAUUGUAGAAGAGUGCCAUAUGAAUGGGAUCAAUGGGGAAGUGGAUUCCAGGGGGGUUCAGGCUGAGGAGUCUGUGAAGAUGGAGACAGAUAUUGCGACUAUGUCGGAUGGAGAAGAAGUUGAGGAGGUGCGCAAUGAAGCCAUGGAACCACCACCUGUUCCAGUGUCCAGUGAUACAAGUUCCAAUCCUGUGAAGAGUGAUGAUUCUACGGAUAAGCCCAAGAAACGAAGAGGGAGUGAUUUGAAGCAUCUGGAGCAAUGGGGAUGGCACAAGAGUCGAGCCAGGAAGAAGCCAACGACAGUUGCUCCGGUAGAGCAGGUGGAUAAAACUUGUGCGGGAUAUCUCAAGAGGAUUUUGGGCAGGUACUAUGGGGAGUGUUUUGAUACCAGUGAAUCUCCCUUUGUGGAGACAAGAGUACCGGAAAAGGAGGCUCAAGAGGGGAAUAAGAAGAGAGAUUGUGACUUUAAGACACCCUCAACGGCCACAGAGGAUGACUUUCAGAAGCGUACAGCUGAGGAAUUUGAGAAAUUUGUGGGGGAAUUGGAUAAAUUCGAUUUGAUUCUGUUGCUGAGCAAAUGGUUGGAAUAUAUUGCAAAAUUCUGGACAAUGUCAAUUCCUCGGCCAAUUUGUGAGCAGUACCUGAAGAUUUACAAAUACUACCUCAAUCACUAUGAUCUCAUGGCGUGGAAUCAGUUGGAAUAUAGGGAUUUUCACAGUGUUUUCGAGAUGACGCUGUUCUAUCUGGAGCAGGAACAUGAGAGGAUUACUGUGAAGAAGCUCAACAAGGAGGAAUUUAGUGGGGAAUAUCGAAGGCUUUUGCUGCAUUUGAUGUUCCAUAGUGGCGCGUACAUGCUGGAGGAUGAAGAUCUGCACUUCCUGACCCUUAUGAGGCUGUUCUGGAUCAACUAUAUCGUGUGCAAGUAUGAGAAUAAUCUGGAAGAUGCAAUUGAUUUCAUCUACAAGAUUCAUCAGCUUUUGGAGGAAAAAAGACUCAAUCUUACGGUUGAUUUGCCUAAUAAAUCAGCAGAGAAUCAUAUUGAUCUUGGAAUUAUCGAGGAUCUCAUUUGUUCGCUCCAGCGAACGAUUAAGCUGAACAAUGUGGCAAAUCUCUACAAAGAUGAGAAAUUCAAGGAACUCUCUGUCAUUCUCAAGGAUAGCCUGAUAAAUUGCACAGAAAUCAAGAAUUUAGACAAUACUCUCAUGAAGAUCAAUACACAAUUUGAAGUUCUCCUGGAAUCCCUGUGGAAUCUCGAUGACUUCGAAGAGUGUCUGAGAUGGUCAGAAAAAUGCCUCAAAUAUGCUGUGGAUUUCUUCCUGACAAUUCCUGAAAAUUCCCACAGACUCAAAGAAUGGGGAGAUUCAGUUAAUUUCAUCCUGAUCUACCUGGAAGCACUCAUAAAGCACGAGGGCAUUGAUAUUCUCAGUUGUCUGGAACAGUUUGAAGCUCGACUUGUUCAAAGUUUGGUGAAAAUAAUUUCCAAUCAACUCGAUACGCCCUUCGAGAAGAACAGCACUCAAGUCCACUCAAUCAAUUUUAAAAUUCCCUGGAUCAUUCUGCAUGCUUUUGUGCAGCAGGAAGAAGAUCGUCAGCAUGCUGUUGGGAAGAAACUCAAGUCAUCAAGUGAAACUUCCGAUGUGGAAGACGAUGAAGAAUCCAUGCCAAAUUCCAUUUUGAUCUUUUUCACAGCCCAUGAAUUUCUGGGCAGGAAAUUCUGGUGCACAAAGGAUGGGGGUCAAUUGAUGACACAUACCUUGGAUAUUGUUGUACCAAUCCUCAGAUCACCCAUGUUGGAACCCUUCCGGGACAUUGUGAUGGAGUACAUGGAACAGCUCACGUACUGUCUCUAUUCCUACCCGCCAAAGCGAACUAGAUCACGACACAUUGAAGAGCAUGAAGCCACGCAGAUAGAAUUAACUUGGGAGAGGGCAAUGCAACUCUUUGAAAUCUACCGACCAGAUCAUCUUCCAGAAUUUGAUUCCUACAAGGUUGAUUCAAUUACGGCCGAUUUGGAACAACUCUUGCAGAGAAUUUUGAACCUAACCCCGAAGGAACUAAAUGUUCCAGCAGCUGCUUAUACCAUCAAGGAUUUUAUCAGCGGAGAAAGUACUUCCCUCCCUGAAUACUCCCUCGUUCCGGCUUUCCCAGCGAGAAUCUCUUCGAUUUUCUACCUCUUGGCGGACUAUUACUUCAAGAAUAGGGACUUUUCCAAGACUGUGAAGUACUACGUUCAGGAUCUGUCGCUAAAUCCUUGUCGUUUCGAUGCCUGGGCCGGAUUGGCACUGUCUAAGGCCACCAAGCUAGAGGGGAAACUCAAUUCUUGCAUCCCAUUCAACACAAAGGAGUUCCUUAUUCAAUCCGAAGAUACACUUAGAUGCUUCCAACAGUGCAUUAGACUCAAUGAAACUCAUAUUGCUGUGUGGAUUGAGUAUGGAUCAUUUGCCUAUACACUGCACUCCUACUGUUCCCGGAAUCUCAAGCAGGCCAGUGAGACUCUGUCCAUGGAGGGGUUUGCUUUUGUGGAAGAUCGCAAGGAGCAAUGUAUAAAAAUUGCUUAUGAUUGUUUCCACACGGUAGAGAUGCUGAAGCAUGUGGAUGAAUUGAAGGGGAAUGCUGAGGAGUCACAUGAUGAAAAGUGGCUCUAUCACUAUAUGCUGGGAAAAGUGUCGGAAAAGCGAAAAGAACCACCAAAUGUCUACCUGGAACACUAUUUGAAAUCCUCAAAGUAUUUGUACGAUAGCAAUGCAACUUAUCCCAUUCGGAUAAGUCAUACAAAUCCACAGAAUUUGUCUGUUGAGGCUCUGGAGAUUUUCUAUCGGAUUACAGCGGCAAUUAUGAAGUAUUUGGAGCAACAUCGGACUGUUACACGUGAAUUGGGGAAAUUGUUUAACAAGGUACUGAAACAGCUGGCAAACAGUGCUUUUAUGUUCAAUCAGGCAAAGCUGGAUAAUAAUACGCUGAAUGCACUGAAGAGGCAGAAAAUUGCUGCAGCCAGUGCUGAGAAUGCAAAGAGGCAGAAGACUGAGGAGAAUGUGCAGGAAGUUGUGAGGGAGGUGACAGGAGAGCCGAAUGUCAUGGAAGUUGAUCAGGGAGAUGUGAAGACCAAGGAGGAAGUUGUUGAGGAAGGGAGGGCUAAGGAAGGGGGAGAUGGGGAAGUGAAGCCAAAGGAAGUGGUGAAGGAAGAACCUCCUCCUACUCAUAUCCGGAGGAGUUCCCAGGAAUCUACUGCUACUUCCGUUACAACGACAACUACGACGGGAACAACAGGAACAUCGAGUUCUUCAUCCAGUUCCUCAUCGGAGUCAGGUAGCAGUGAUUCUGAGACUGAUUCUGAGUCAUCCAGUGAUGAUGAGCAGCAGAAAAAUACACCAUUGACGGAUGAUGAAGUGGAAGUGAUUUAUAAGGCUUGUGUGAAGAAUUUUGAAGAGUGUUUGGCACGAUUUCCUGAACAUUUCAAAUCAGUUCAUCGAUUGGUGCAUCACUAUUUGACAGCUCCGGAAAAACUCAGGUCCAUGGAGAAGGCUAAGCAACUCCUACUGGGAACUUACACAACGACACUGGGCAAUAAGAUUCAGGGAUUAUUUGUCGAUAGAAAAACUAAUAAUUUCUUCAAUGGGAUAUGGAGGAUUCCAUCAUCGGAGAUUGAUCGUCCGGGUAGUUUUGCUGCCCAUCUGUCUAAGUGUGUGAUUGUCUUGAUGGAUGUUUUAAAGGCAAUUUGUGACCAUAAGAUCCUUUUUGAGCUGGCCCUUCAGUUGCAUCGAUCACCGGAAGCUGAUAAGAAAUACAUCAAAGAUGCCGAAAGGAAGGAACUCUUCCAGCAGGCUAUCUCUUUCUGUGUGCAGUCCUUCAGGAGUCUGCUCAAGAGGCAUGGAACUGAUGAGAGGAAUGAUGGGAAAUUGCUGGAUUUACUCAUUGAAAUCUACACGACGCAUAGGAAGUGCAUCAAGCAUAUGCAGCAGAAGGAAAGUAUGUUUCUGGUCGUUCUCAUUGAUGCCUACAAGAGUUAUAUUCAGGAUAAGAUAGCUAAAUUGCCGGAAAAUGUGAAUCUUGGGGAUUUGGCUGUGAAGUUGUGUGUACAUGAGAUUAAUGCUAGGAGAGCUCAGGAGAAGCAAGCAUCGUUACCGAGUACGCCUACUCAGUUACCAGAGCCUCCUGAGGGACUUGCAAAGGAAAUUAGCCUUCCAGCUGGUACAACAUCCACAAAAGUCACUCAAACAAUUGUGACAGCAUCUGUCACGACAACUACGCCAAAGUCCACGUACAUUCCGGGACUUUCGCGACCACGGGGACGUCCGGCAGGGAGUAAAAAUACCUCGUCAACGUCAUCAACGCCAACUUCAGUGGUGAAUCCUCUGUUGGAUCCACAAUUUGCCACUCUCAUGGCUAUGUACUCCAAUCCAUCGCUAUUUACAUCAGCAGGCUUUGGAUCUGCCCCUGAACCAGCUGUAAAUUCCUUCCUAGCCGAGUACUACAAGAUGGCGCUGUCGCCAGGAUUUGGGAUGAUGUCAAAUUUAUCAGCCAUGUCGAAUCCUCUGCUGAAUCUCAGUGGAAUGAAAAUGACCUCACCGACUCCGAAACUUCCAUCGGGAACGACACUUCAGCCACAGGUGUCCAGUAAGAUGGCAAAGUCAUCAGCUACUAGCCCACAAAUUCCUCAGGUUGACAUGAAAAGUAUUAUAGCUUCGGCAGCUAGUAUGGUAGCUUCCAGUGGAAAAUCCACUUCCAGUACGAUAAAUCUAGGUGGUGGGCAGUUGACUAUCACGCCAACACAGCAAUGUUUCUCCCCGAAGGAUUCACCAAAGCUUACUGAGAGCAGCAAAGUAAGUUCCAAGCCAAGCUACGCUCAGGAAGUCAUCAAUGCAGUGGCUAGUAAGAUAAAAAUGCCAACAAUGGCUUCAAGGCUGUCACUGCCGUCGGAAUUGCCUAAAUCGCUGACUAUAACGCCAGCCAAGGAGCCAGGGAAGAGAUCCACGAGUCUCGAUGGGUAUCAGGGAAAGAUGGACGCCCUCCAGGCGGGACUGAUGCCGUCGGCACAGGGAAAAGUGAAGCCGGUCAAGAAGCGUUCCAAUGCAACGCCCUACUCAAGGCCAUCAACUACAGUUGCUCCUAUAACUUCAAUAAGCCAAUGGAGUCAACAGAUGACAUCGCAGUACAAGGGAAUAUCCAUGCCGAGUCAGGCUGAAAUGAUUCGACUGCAAACUUAUAGGGAUUCAUAUUUGGAAUUUCUGAGUAAUCCCAAAGCGAGUUUUCCACCUACACAGGGCUCUCAGGGGGGUACCAGUAAGAAGGUGACAACGCCCAGAUCCAGGGAAACCACUCAGGUCAUCUCGACGCAAAAUUUAAUUUCAAGCAGCAAAGUUUCUCAGUCAAAAGUAGAAAUUCCCAAGACAUCUCUACCGAAUUUUUCACUUCCGCCCCUGCCUACGUCACCAGCAUUGUCGGUGUCUCCUGCCAAGUCACCCUUGCUCUCCCUGACACCACCUAUCACCGGCUCGCCUACGAAGACACUGCAGCAAAAGCUGGCAGAAAGACAGAAGGCAAAUGCUUCGAUGAAUGAGAAUAAAUCCAGUUCAUCGAAAGCAACGACAAAUCCCCCAAGGCGUCCUCAUCCUGAUGAUGAUGUCAUUGUGCUGGACUGACGAUAGGCCCCACCAAACGAGUUAGUACAAGAUACACCUCGUUGGAUUAAUUUUAUUUGUCAUCUCUUAAAAAAUAAUCAAGGAUCUUAAUGAAAGUGGAGUAAGAAACAAUUAUUAUUACAAAGAGAGAUCUCAAUGAGAUUAAUUUUUCUUUUGUAAAUUCACCUUCAACGUAAAACACCUCGAGAUAUGUACACAAUAAAAUCGAGUUAAAUCUUUAUAUGACUGGUAAUAGCCAGUCCAAAAAGCUCUUGUCCAGGUGUUCAAAAUAUACGGUGACAAAAAAAAAAGAAAAAACGUAAAAGCUUAUGUAAAAAAAUGAGGCAUUUUGACACGCGAAUAAGUGAUAUUGAGGGAGGGAAGGGGGAUAAACUCAACGGUGAAACAUUGACUAUCUUCUUUUUCUUAUAAAAUAAAUUAAAAACAAUGUAUAAUGAUCACA